AUGGCGGCGGACGGGGACUGGCAGGAUUUCUAUGAGUUCCAGGAGCCGGCCCGGAGCCUCCAGGACCAGGAGAACUGUAACGCGAGCUCCGAGGCCGGGGCAGGGCCGGGCGGGGACGGCGACGGCUUCCCGGCGCUGGCCUGCAGCUUGGAGGAGAAGCUGAGCCUGUGUUUCCGCCCCUCGGGUCCGGGCGCCGAGCCCCCGAGGACGGCCGUGCGGCCCAUCACCGAGUGCAGCCUCCUGCAGGGGGACGAGAUUUGGAACGCCCUGACAGAUAACUACGGAAAUGUCAUGCCUGUGGACUGGAAGUCGUCCCAUACCAGGACCUUGCACUUGCUCACUCUCAACCUGUCAGAAAAAGGGAUAAGCGACAGUUUGCUCUUCGAUACAUCAGACGAUGAGGAGUUGAGAGAACAGCUGGAUAUGCAUUCGAUCAUCGUCUCCUGUGUCAAUGACGAGCCCCUCUUCACUGCAGAUCAGGUUAUUGAAGAAAUCGAAGAAAUGAUGCAGGAAUCACCAGACCCAGAAGAUGAUGAAACGCCCACACAGUCAGAUCGGCUUUCGAUGCUUUCCCAGGAAAUUCAAACUCUUAAGAGGUCUAGCACAAGCAGUUAUGAAGAAAGAGUAAAAAGGCUCACUGUAUCUGAACUGAAUGAGCUACUGGAGGAAAUUGAGACCGCCAUUAAGGAAUACUCUGAAGAGCUGGUGCAGCAGUUGGCUCUGCGAGAUGAACUGGAGUUUGAAAAGGAAGUGAAAAACAGCUUUAUUUCUGUUCUCAUUGAAGUACAAAACAAACAGAAAGAGCACAAAGAAACAGCCAAAAAAAAAAAGAAACUCAAGAAUGGCAGCUCUCAGAAUGGGAAGAGCGAGAGAAGUCAUAUGCCCGGCACACGCUUCAGCAUGGAAGGGAUCUCAAAUGUCAUUCAGAAUGGCCUCCGCCACACCUUUGGAAAUUCAGGUGGAGAGAAACAGUACUUGACAACAGUCAUUCCUUAUGAGAAAAAAAAUGGACCACCAUCUGUUGAAGAUCUUCAAAUAUUAACAAAAAUUCUUUGUGCCAUGAAAGAGGACAGUGAAAAAGUUCCGAGCUUGUUAACUGAUUAUAUACUGAAAGUUCUGUGUCCUACCUAGGGCACCGUCACUUCAGGAGCAGUUUUAUCAUUCGUGGACUACAAGCUAGAUUUCCUAGAGCAUUCCUCUGAACGCUGGCUGCCAUUACCUUCCUGCUAUUGGAAACUCAGCACACUUGAACUUGGGUUUGUGAUUCAGUAUUAACAGAUCAUGCCUUCACUAAUUCUUUGUAUUACGAACCAAGAGAAAUAUGGCACUAUUUUUUUUGAAUUCUACAGGUGGUUUUUUGUUAAACACUAACCAUUAUAACCUCUUCUCCAACUUUAUAGAGUAAGGGGGAGUAAUAUUAAUUAUGCAUGUGCAGUUAUAGUUUUCAUUAACUGACGAUAUGCCCAUUUGAGUUGUGGCUUCCUAGAUCUAAACUACACUGAAGUGGAUUAAAGCAUUGAGAGAUUUUUACUAUAGGUAUCCCUCAGUGAUGGCAAAAACCAACACUGAUUUUUAUAAGAAUUGUAGUGUAAAUAUCACCUACCAGUAUUGUCGAGAGACUGAAAUUUAACAGACGUGGCUGUUUUCAGAAGACGCAAAACCAGAAUGUGUUAUCUGAGCUUAAUGCUUAGUGACUAUUGAAAGCGUUGGCGAUGCCUGGUUUUAGAGGUUGCUGCGUGUCUUACAUUGUUCAGAUUGUAACCAUUAAGUUGCCAUUUACUUUCAGAGCCUUGUACUGGUUAACUUUAGAUGUUGUGGUUUGUUUCAUGUGUGUGUGAAGAAGUGUCCUUUCCUUUAUGGUGCUUAAGAAACUGAAUGCUGCAGCAUCGCCCACGUCCCAGUACCGUGUUAUAUUUUAUUCAUGCCUGUGUGUUUUCCUAAAGUACUAAUUCUAGAAACAGCUACUCAUGGAUACAUCACUAGUCAUGAGCCUAUUGCCAGUUCUAAUCAAGUCAAUGCCAUUUAAUAAACGUUGGGAAAAAGUAUAA